AUGGUGAAGUUUUCGGAGGACAGUCCUUUCCUGCAGGACGACGGAGACGGGCAACCGAGUGCAAUCUGCUCGCAGCACAUCAGGAGCUUGGACCUGCUCAAGGCGAUCGUUCAGGUUGACACCAUUCUCGCUGGAUUUCUCGUGCUAUCCGUGGUGGGCAAGAACCAUGAGCAGAUCACGAAAGACGAGGAGAAGGUUCAGAUGGUGCUGCAGGUUGUGACCGCAUCGGUGUUCCUGGCGGCGAUCGCGCACACCGUGGUGCUCAUGGUCUGCACCGGUUGGAGGUAUACCCUGGCCUGGUACGACCCCCUGUUUCCUGCGGGGUUCUCAGCCGUAGGCAUGUUCCUGCUGUACCUGACGAUCGCGGACGCAAUCCUGAUUCGGCUGCGACCCCAGGAAGACCUGCACACGGUGGGGUACUGGAUGAUCAUCAUCUUCGGCCUGAUGUGCCCGAUGGCCUUGGCGGGUCCUACUGCUACGCUGCAGAUGAUUCUGCACAAGUUUGAGAGGGACAACGAGGCGGGCCUUGAUGCGUUGGGUAGCUCGAGGCUGUCGGCAACCCGCCCCAUUGCGUAGCGCGACAGAUCACGCACGCGUCGCCUGGGCGCUUGUUCGAUAUGGCCAGGGCGUCGUCAAGUCAUGCGCAUGACACCUGGAUCUUCACUUGAUGGCAUCCUUUAGAGGUGGGGCCAAGGGCACUGUGUCACCCGGCACGGUAGACACCACAGGAUGGAAGGGGGGGAAUGUUACAAGGCCAACGUCGCGCCGGUAUCGAGCACAAAAUGGGAGCCGAUGACUGCCUCCGUCUUUCUGGAAAGGAAUCUUCGCGGCACGGUCCCUGUGCCUGUUUGUCGUCAUGUUCGGCAUCGUCGUCGGUAACCCUGCUGGCGAUUUGAUUGUGCUUCGUUUUACUGAGUACGAAAAAACUUGAUGAUUGCCGGCCUUUUGUUUGUCCUGCGACCACGUCGAUCGUGGGUAGUGCACCACUGCGUGUGAUUGCUGUGCAUGCGUGUUUCAUUUGUGGAUUUAUCACUGAUCGCCGUCCUUUAACUUGUGACUGGGAGGGCACAAAUCUCGAGUGUGAUGCUGGAGUAUUCGUUUGGUCUGCCCACGCGCGCAUUGCGCCGAAAACGUAGCCGUUCUCGUCGUCGCACCAAUAGGGGUUUGACUCCAAGUCAUCUGUACUUUAUUUUUUCACGUGGCCACCAUGGCCUAUUUUGUUGCACAUUGGUUUUUUUACGUCCAACUUUCGGCGGUUUGGUGAAAGUUAGCUUGC